AUUCAAAAUGCUUACUAUUACUUUUCCUCUCCCGCCUCCCCCACCAACGGCAUCCACCAAGCUGCCCUCAUUUGAGAUUUGUAACGUCAACUGGGAGGAGCUGGCUAUACCAAUUAUCCUCAUUUCUGUAUUUGUGUUUACUUUUAUUGUUAUUUACCUUUAUCGUUUGGCCACAGCACCAAAGGCCAAUGCCAUUUCCACUAUGCCUGGUGGUAUUUUUGCCGCCACCGCCGAUGAUACUGAUAAUGGCGUCGACGCUAAUUCUCCUGAUGAUGCUGAUUAUUCUGCCCCCACAGAUGAUGCCGAUUAUGCCGCCGCCGCUAAUGCAAUUCCGACUGCCAGACGCAGCUAUAGAUCCUAUCUCGCGGAAAUAGCAGGAUUGGACCCAUCAGAUUGUGAAGGAUGCAAUACUGAGCUCACUGAUGAGUCCGAUAACGAGCUCGAUGCCCUUUUUGCUUUCUAUGCUGCUGAAGAUGCCAAGCGGGAUGCUGAAAAUGCCAGCUAUUAUGCUGAGCAAGCCAUGGAACUGGAUGAUAUUAUCGCCAGUUUGUAACUCAGCCAUUAUUGAUUCAAGAAUAGGUAAUGCUACAGUUGACUUUUGAACUCGAUGCUGCUACAACCAAGGUUCUUUGCUGUAUAUUGUUUGCUACAAGUAAUGCUGUGCAUGUUUUUCUGCCUGUUUCUAUAUCCCUGUUUAUUGUUCAAUUCGCCUUUUCUUUGAUGUAUUUAGAGGCGCUGGCUGCCUCAUCAUACAUACUACUGAUAAAUGCCGUCUGCUCCACUCGUUCGCUGUCCCUGAAGUGGCCGGUGAGGUGCUCUAUCAGAAGAAAGCUUUCCUGAUCUUGUCUCCGAACCCGACACCAGUGACAGACUCCA